AGGAAAUCCCCAAAUCUGGUCAUCCCCAUCCUCGUUCUGCUCAGCCAUGGCCGAGGAGACCGCGGCUGCUCCGCUGAGCCUCCUGUCCGCCUCCGCCGCGACCAGCGGCGCCAUGUAUCUUCCCCGUUGCCCUUCUGCUCGUGCGGAGCUUCUCGUCGCCGAUGGCAGUCGUCCUCCACGCACGGCGCCUAGCUAGGCCGACCACGAGCACACAGUUCAAGCGCCUCGGAGAUCGCCGCGGACUCCACCGGAGCGCCGGGGCGUCGUUGCCCGCGGACAGCUCCACCAUGCCCGCCGCUCUGCUAUGUGAGUUCUUCCGAGUUCCCUUUGUUGAAUUCGAACAAAUUUUAACCUCCGGAUAUGGUCGAAUUUGUGCAUUUUAAGGCUGUUAUUUUGAACCUGGUGCUAAUUAAGCUCGGUCUAGCCUCCUGUAACAUGGCCUGAGAUUGGAGUAUUGUUGGUCCACCCGACUGAGUGCACCUUGGACACUAGCUACCAUCCAUGGUCUCAAGUCAAUUAUAGUACCGCACAAUGGUGUGGUGUCCAGAUGCAGGCACAUGCUUGAGACUAUAUUUAUGCACCUCAUCUCAUGUAUAGUGGAUCAUCCUUCAAAUUAUGUGCAUCCAGCGCGUACCCUCACAUGCGAUUCCUCGGUGUUAUCAGUGUUCUUAAUUUCUUGUUUCUUUGGAUACUUGUUGAGACUUGAGAGUGGACAGCAAGCUAGUUGGCAUCCCUUGUUGGCUAGCUCCUGUAACAUGGAAAUGGAUAGCAUAUUCGUCCAACAUUCUACUACUACAACUCAGUUGAUCUGAACUCACUAGCUAGCAGUGUCAUACUCUUCAGUCCAGGUGUUCGCUUCCUUCAGAGUUGGGAGCUAUUGUGUUGCAGGAUCAAGCUCGCAACAAUGGCUGGAGGGGCGUUAGGCUUCUGGAAUGACUGGGCGUCCCAGAUCUCGGUUCUCUUGAGCCUCUUCUUCCAGGUGUUACUCCAUAUAUUUGCUAACAUCCGUCGGCGUAAAGACGGCUCAUCUUGGCUGAGGGUCCCCCUCUGGGUGGCGUACCAGCUGUCUGACUCCACUGCGACAUACGCCGCCGGCCAGCUCCUCUACAGCGGCGCAACAAAAGACCACCACCUCAUUGCCUUCUGGGUGCGGUUCCUCCUGUUGCACCUCGGCGGCCCGGAUAACAUCACCGCCUACGCCCUCGAGGAUAGCAAGCUUUGGGGGCGCCACUUGCUAAGCCUUGUGGUGCAGGUCCUGGCAGCUGCAAUUGUCCUAUACAGGCAUAUCGUCGGCGGCGGGACCUUGCUCAUGGUGGCUGCCAUCUUGAUAUCUGUUGUUGGUGUUGCAAAGUAUGCGGAGAGGACAUGGGCGCUCCGGUCCGCCAAGUUCAGCAACCUCCAGAGCUCUCUCAAGUUACGGACACAUGACAUGCAUCACCAGCAAUUUUAUACUGAGCAUCAAGACUGGUACAACGAUGGCGACCCAGUCCUGCAGCAUGCUCACUCCCUGUUUCAUAUCUGCAAGCGUGGGAUAGUUGAUUGCGUGAUCGCAGUGGAUGAAUCAGAUAGCGAGAAUGAGGUGGAUUCUCAGGACAUCAAAAUAAUCCACGGCCUUUUGAAAGACCGUGAACAAAUGUGGAGGGUGAUGGAGAUGGAGCUCUCCCUCAUGUAUGAUAUCCUGUACACUAAGGCAAGUGCGGUCCACUGUUUGUUUGGCUACUGCAUCCGUGUCAUCGCACCACUUGCCAUUGCCACCUCUCUCGUGUUGUUCCAGUUGAGCAGCAAAGAUGAUUACAGCCUAGUCGAUGUUGUCAUCACGUACAUCUUGUUGGGUGGCGCCUUGGUCCUGGAGACGAAAUCGCUCCUUGUCGCACUAGGGUCAAGCUGGGUGUUUGCCUUCUUGUGUGCCACACAAUGGGAUUGGCUCCGGCAUUCUGCUCUGUGCGCUGGAAGAUGGCAGCAGCUUCGGCACACACUUUUUUCUCUCCGCCGGUCCUGGCCUGGCAAGAUGAUCAUGACAGGAAGUUCGAGGAGGUGGUCAGGCACCAUGGGGCAGCGCAACAUGUUAAGGUCUUGUGCCAGACAGGCGGAUCCGACGAGUCAACACCUCAGCAAUCUGUCCAAGAUGCUGAGCCUUGGUAAGUGGUGGGACAGGAGGUACUUGUGGACCAUCGAUGUCUCUGAAAAGGUCAAGAAGUGUGCACAGAGUGUCACAGCAAAAGAUAUGAACACAAUGGGCUUGCUCAGGACUAGAUGGGGUGAACGGGCACUGAAUGAGGAGGACUACCCUGGGCUGUUGAAGGAGUUGGAGGGUUAUCAUGGAGUUGACUUCCAUGAGAGUGUCAUCAGCUCAUUUCAUCUUCGGUGCCAUUGCAGGACAUCAUUUGAGUUCCUAGCCGUGAACGAACUGAAUGCGUCCGGUUUUGCGUGAUCGGUGUCGUGAUAUGUUUGGUCAAGUCCUAUAACGAGCGAAACGUGGCACAUCGCCACCGACUUGAUCCUUGCUAAAAUAGACCGAAGGGGUGAUCAUGUGUCUGACAACCAUGUGGAGCUAGUCAGCGUAAUGUCCAACUACAUGAUGUUCCUCCUCGUGGACUCCCCCGACAUGCUACCAGGCCUUCCCCAAAACUGGCUGUAUGAGCAAACCUGCAUACAACUGAAGAAGAUAUGCACUAAACACAUUGGUGGCUCACCUGGUAAGAGCUUCUGGACUGUGCUCAAGAACUUGUUCCGACCACACCAUCACCGUGGCUGGAAACCUUCUGAGCUUGAGAAGGAGAUCGCCAUUGACAUACUGAGCGAGUUUGAACUCUCCAACGUCAGCAAUCCUCGGCUCACUUAUGCGCGUGUUAUUGCUGACAAACUGCUUCAUAGGAAGGAAGAUGUGGUUUUUGCGCUACUAUUGCUGUGGGUAGACUUCCUGUCCUACGCAGCCAACCGGUGCAACAGGGAGGCGCAUGCGAGGAAUCUCGGCAGUGGCAGUGAGUUGCUGACCGUCAUGUGGCUUUAUCUAGAACACCUCCACCAAGUAAAAGAAAGAAAUUACAGAUCCUUGUAUAAUUCACUGUACUAAUGAAUGUGCAGAAAUAUCUUCACUUUCUGUAUUUUGUAAACUUAUCUUUCUUCAGUUCAGUUCAGUACGCUUUGUUCUC